AGUCCGGACCGAGCUAUGGGGGAAGCCGAGGUUGCCACCGGCGGAAGCGGCGGGGGCGGCGGCGGCGGCGGCGGCGGCGGUGGCCCUGGCUCGGGCGGCGGAGGUGGCAGCAGCAGCGGCGGGGGCGGGGGAGGCGGCCCUGGUUCUGGCCCGGGCCCUGGCGGUAGUGGUGAGAAGGGUCCCGUGGAGUCGGCGCCGGGCCCGCCCGAGGACGUCGUGGUGUGGAGCCCCGAGGUGGAAGUGUGCCUCUUCCAUGCCAUGCUGGGACACAAGCCCGUCGGUGUGAACCGGCACUUCCACAUGAUCUGCAUCAGGGACAAGUUCAGUCAGAACAUAGGGAGGCAGAUCUCCUCCAAAGUCAUCUGGGACCAUUUAAGUACUAUGUACGAUAUGCAAGCAUUGCAUGAGUCUGAGAUUCUUCCAUUCCCUAAUUCAGAGAAGAACUUCAUCCUUCCUGAAGAAAUUAUUCAAGAGGUCAAAGAAGGAAAAGUAAUGAUUGAAGAUGAGGUGAAGGAAGAAAUAAAGGAAGAAGUGGAUCCACACACUGGUACUGAAGAUGUUUUUACAUCUUCAGGAAAUUUGGGGAAAGGAGCUGAAAAGUCCAGUGGCAAAGAGAAAGAAAAGAGCUCAUCAGAAUCUGGAUCUAAAGAAGGUGCAGACAAGAGGAAACGCAACCGGGUCACAGAAAAGGUCUUAAAUGCAAACAGCAAUCCCUCUAGUCCAAGUGCAGCCAAACGUCGAAGAACAUAGACAGGCCAUUGCUAAUAACUUGCAGAAGAAUAAGAAGGAAACAAAAAAAAUUGAUGUUUACUUUAGUGGAAGGAAUUUUUGACAAGUUUUUAUUAAAGGACACAUUGUUCAGGUGGUACAUAUUGUCAUUUUUGCUAAUCAUUGGGAAAGGAGCGUGAAAAGAUUAGCAUGAGAGAAGAGGCUGAGAAGUGUAUCCUAUACUUGCUAGGAAUACAGAAAAGAAUCUGGCUUACCUUGGUGGCAGUAGGAUAUUUGUUGAGCAUUCUAGCUGAUUCUCAGAUUUCCCAAGGUAAAAUGGUAGCUUUGCAAGUGUGUACUUAAGGACUUUUGUGAUGAUAUACAUAUAGAAAGAUUAUUUAUGUAUCUUUGUGAUUUUGAAGUCAAAAUUCAUUUCUUAAAGAUGUGCUGACCCUUUAGGUUCUUACCAGUUUUCCUUGAUUUGGUAUCUGAAACCAGUUGUAGGAUCAAACAUAUUUUUUUUUUAUCAUAGUAAAGCAAAUGCUAAAGUGAACUAGGGAGACGAUUCAAAGGGGGACCUCUUUCAAAUGGACAAAUUACCAUGUACUAAGCAGAGCAUUAUUCUCAAAUAGCUAUCUCUGAGCUAGGAGCAGUGAACCUAAAAGACAACAUUGGCUGCGGUGUCAGGGGAGAAAAAAAGUUUUAAUUUUCUACCCACUGAAGUAAACAUAAGAUCUCUUCUUGGAGACUUCAGUCAAACCUGUUCACUUAAGGUCAAGUGUGGGGCUGUCAACAUUUUCUCACUGAAUGCUUCAUGAGUCAGGGGUCUUGACUGAAUUGCUUUCUAGUGCCACAAAAUGUGAUAGAACUUCUCUUUUUGCCACCAGAGAGACCAAGAAUUGGAUGUUUUGACUCAUUCGUGUGUACUGUAUAUAAUUGGUUUGGUAUUUCAUUAUUUAAUUUUUAAGAAAAAUAUUUUACUAGUGUUUUAUAUGGAAAUAAUAUUGCAGAAGCUUAAUCUUGUGUUGUAUUUUUUCUGAGAAAUUUGUUUUAAGGUCAUGACUAUUUUGAGAUACUUGUUGCUCGGUUUUAUAUGCUGGAAUUUUGAACAUUUGUAGCAGUUCUUAUUUAUUAUGCAGACGGUUGCAGACAGACCAAAUAAAUGACAGUUUUGUGGGAGGGAAUCUUAGUCUGUUGAACUGGCGUUGGAUAUGGCACAAAAUGCUUAUUUGAAAUAUACCCUCGUUUGACUGCUGAAUAAAAAGUACUAAAAUUC